UCCGCAUUCUCCUCUGUCCACUCAGAUUAUUCCAGUCUUUCCAAAAGAAAUACAGUACUAUAAAAACGAGCUCCUUUUUCUGAUUAAUGCUCCUAAACCCUACCCAAAAACAUAAAAAACAAAAAAUCUAAAACCCCAAACACACAAAAAACACACAAAAAGGUGCAAGCAUAGGGCUGAGAUUGAGACCUCAAGUUCACCUUCUUGGUCGGAACAUGGCGUCAUCUCCGGUAACAAUGAUGAAGAUGAAGGUAAACGACUGCUCUCCGCCGUCAACCACCGCAGCUCGGCUCCUACCGCUUUUUCGGCGCCACCAAAUUCACUUCCGUUCCUCUGUGGGUCCCCUUCAGAACCCAUGUUUUCCCAGAACCAUCAUCACUCAUGCCAGUCGCUCAUCUUUUUCCUCUUCCUCCGUCAUCACUGCCUCAAUGACUACUGAGGCAUCAGCAAAAGUUAUUGAUGGGAAAAAAAUUGCAAAAGAUGUUAGAGAUGAAAUAGCUGCUGAAAUAUCUUUGAUGAAAGAUUCGAUUAGUGUAGUUCCUGGCCUGGCAGUUAUUCUUGUUGGGGACAGGAAGGAUUCUGCAACUUAUGUCCGCAACAAGAAAAAAGCUUGUGAAGCUGUUGGGAUCAAAUCGUAUGAAGUGUGUUUGCGUGAAGACUCAACUGAAGAAGAAGUUCUCAAGUAUAUCUCAGGCUUCAAUGAUGAUCCUAUGGUUCAUGGAAUUCUUGUUCAGCUACCGUUACCUUCUCAUAUGAAUGAACAGAACAUCUUAAAUGCUGUUCGCAUUGAGAAGGAUGUGGACGGAUUCCACCCACUAAAUAUUGGCCGGCUGGCGAUGCGUGGUAGAGAACCGUUAUUUGUCCCCUGUACACCUAAAGGAUGCAUUGAGCUGCUACAUCGGUACAAUGUGGAAAUCAAGGGUAAAAGAGCUGUUGUUGUUGGCAGGAGUAAUAUCGUCGGAAUGCCUGCCGCUCUGCUUCUGCAGAGGGAAGAUGCCACUGUCAGCAUUGUCCAUUCCAGAACCAAGAAACCUGAGGAGAUCACGAGACAAGCAGAUAUCAUAAUCUCAGCUGUAGGGCAACCAAACAUGGUUAGAGGUAGCUGGAUCAAGCCUGGAGCAGUCAUUAUUGAUGUCGGGAUCAAUCCUGUUGAGGAUGCUACAAAUCCUCGCGGCUAUCGGCUAGUUGGAGAUGUUUGUUUUGAAGAGGCCAGCAAAGUAGCUUCAGCUAUCACUCCUGUUCCUGGGGGAGUUGGACCCAUGACUAUAGCAAUGCUUCUCUCUAAUACUCUGUUAUCUGCAAAGCGAACUUACAACUACUGAGAUUUUAAAAUGUAUUACGCUAGCGUGGUGGUGCAUAUCGUUGAGCUUCAAGUGCCUUCAACUGUCUUCCCCAACUAAUCUGGAUUUUUACUGGAUAAUAGGCCCCUUAAGGGGGCUUCCAACUAAGGUUUUUUAUUCUCAAGACUUGAACUCGAAAACUCUGGUUAGUGGUCUACAUAUCAUAAUUAUUCCACCACAUGGUGGUGGUGGUUCUCUA